AUGGAUGGAAAGCCAAUGGACAUCGUGUUCCCGGACGGUAAGAUCGGAAAUUGCUCGGCUUGUAAUGCACCGGACAACGAAGAAAUGGUCCAAUGUGAUCACUGUGACACUUGGUGGCACUUUGCCUGCGUAGGUGUUGGAGAAAGCAUCAGUGAACGUAGUUUCACGUGCCCGGCGUGUCAAAAAGCUACGGUUAUGGAUUCGAGACCCGAGCUUGCUACUCCUAGGGGAGAGACGAUCGUACCAACGAGAGCUUUGACCCUCAAUUCGAUAACGUCAUCGAAAACCAGAGCUCGGUUAACCCUUCAACGACUCGAGGCGGAAAAAACGCUGCGUGAAAAGCAGCUUGAUUUCGAACGUCGAGAUGAUGCAAGGCGACGCGAGCAGGAACGUCUGGAAAAAGAGGCACAAUUUGAACGACGGCAACUUCAAUUGGAGGAAGAAUUUAUGAAAAAGAAGCUGCAAGCCCUGGAGGACGAGGAAGACGCCGUAAGUGAAACAAGGAGUAGAAAAUCCGCUCAGAGUGGGAUUAAUAAGGUAGAAGAGUGGCGCAAGGGACUACCUCCGUUGGGUUUCCAAUCCACUUUGCGAGAGCCAAGAAGUCAGGGGCUAGCUAAUAAAGCCGAACCGAUAGGUAGAUCAUCACACACAGCAAACAAUAGGGUGUCUGAGUUGUCAAAGUUUUUCCAAAGUAAAGUUCCUAUAGACACCAAUAGCAGGUCCCAUCAAAUGGAAAUAACCAGAUCAGGUCGGAAGAUCGGUCCUUCAAAAUUGAACAAAGACGAAAGCCAAAUUGUAGAGCAACUUAAAAACCUUUCCUUUGUUCCGCCAUAUGAGCGAGAUUUCAACUUUACAUCGGAGUUGUCUCCCAAUCGCGCGGAUAGUUUUUCCGGUUUGUCUAAAGUAGCAUGGGCGAAUGCCAGCACUUCAGCGGCUGUGUAUGACGGCAACCCGCAAUAUGGAUCAAGUGGUGGUGCACCUGCCGCCUGUGUUGACGAAGGUGGAAGCGUUAAUUGUGCGAAUGGACAGAUUAGUUUUGAAGUGUGUCCUACAAAGAAGCAGUUAUUAUCUCGACAAAUAUUGACGAAAGAUUUGCCGAUUUUUAGCGGGAAUCCCGAAGAUUGGCCGCUUUUCAUUCGUACUUUCCGUAUGACUUCAGAAGCCUGUGGAUUCGACGAUACAGAAAACCUUAUGAGACUCCAAAGAUGUCUAAAAGGUUCCGCCUAUGAAGCAGUAUGCAGUCGACUCAUGAUGCCAGAAGCAGUACCCUCGAUCAUCAGUACACUAGAGACUCUUUAUGGAAAACCAGAGAUUUUGAUCUAUAGGUUGCUACAGAAAGCUAAGCAAGUGCCUGCCCCAAGAGCCGAUAAACUGGAAACAUUAGUCAGCUUCGGGUUAGCUGUUCAAAAUCUAUGCUGUCACCUGGCACUAGCGGAUCAACAUCUGAACAACCCAACGCUACUGUUUGAAUUGGUUGAGAAGCUGCCACCGAAUUUUCAAAUGGAAUGGGGCAUGUAUAUCGAAAAAGUAGGGACAGCCGAUUUGCCGACUUUCUGUACGUAUUUGGGCGGCAUCAUUAAAGGUAUUUCCAAUGUGUCGGUAAACUGUGACAAUAUGAGCUCUAAACCCAUUCAGAGAACCGGACGAAAGGAUAAAAUGAGGGAGAAGAAUUUCUUCGGUGCACAUGCUGAGGUUGAAUCAGAUUCAGAUAUUGAAGAAGUCGUUGAUAUGAGGACAUCCGCUGGUGCUAUUAUGUCCCACGUCUCGAAUAAUCGUAUCGCUGACCACCAAAUGAAGAUUAAGGCUGAACGCUUAAGGAGAAACGUUAUUCCAGUUUGCUUUAUCUGUCGAGACCCUGAACAUCGAGUUAAAAAUUGCCCGAAAUUCGUGGAACUGAACGUCGCUGAUAGGUGGAGGCAGGUACGGGAGCUUAAUAUGUGCAGUAGCUGUCUGAAUUGCCACGGAAGGAGGCCGUGUAAGGCCGCGAAGCAGUGUGGGGUUGAUGAGUGUAAACAUAAACACCAUCCCUUACUGCAUGAGAAACCGGAUGACGAAACGGAACCCAAAGCAACUGGGGCAGUUGCAAACCAUCAUCACGCGGAACAUACGACGUUGUUCAGAAUCAUACCGGUAACGCUGUUCGGAAAUGGACGAUCUGUAGAGGUGUUUGCAUUUUUGGAUGAAGGAUCUUCGUUGACGCUGGUAGAAGAGGAAGUCGUUAAGCAGCUAGAGGUAGAAGGAGAAAAAGCACCGCUAUGUCUACAAUGGACCGCAAAUAUACGACGGAACGAAAAGAAUUCUAAACGAGUCUCGUUAGAUAUAUGUGGCAACUCUAAUCCAGGACAACAUUACAAGUUGAAGGAGGUUAGGACAGUUAAGUGCCUAAACCUGCCCAAGCAGACCAUCCGGGGACAGGAAUUGAUUCAGAAGUACCCACACCUUCAAGGAUUACCGAUUCAGAGUUACAAAAACGCCAUACCGAAGAUUCUGAUCGGUAAUGAUAAUCUGUACGUAGCAGCAACGCAAAAAAUUCGAGAAGGAGCAAUAGGUGACCCGAUUGCAGCAAAAUGUCGCCUGGGUUGGACGGUUUAUGGAGCAUCGGAAUUUGGAUCGUCUGGAGCUGGAUUUUUCCAUAUGUGCGAAUGUGAGCAGCAGAGUAAAUCCUUACACGAGUUGGUGGAACAAUAUUUUAGGAUUGAUUCCCUAGGAAUAACCACAACAAAAAAUCUGGAAUCCAGAGAAAAUCAACGAGCGAACCAGAUCAUGCAGCAAACGACGAGAAGAAUUGCCGAUAGGUUUGAAACCGGAUUGAUUUUUAAAUACGACCAUUUUGAAUUUCCGGACAGCAGGGUGAUGGCCGAACGCAGACUGCAGUGUCUAGAAAGACGAAUGGCCAGCGAUCCAGUUAUCUCGGAGAGUGUUCGGCGACAAAUGAAAGAGUACGUUGACAAGAACUACAUACACGAAGCAUCGAACGAAGAGUUACAAAGAGCAGACCCUAGGAAAACCUGGUAUUUACCCUUGGGUAUAGUAAUCAACCCAAAGAAGCCGUCCAAAAUUCGUAUAUUUUGCGAUGCCGCUGCUAAGGUGGACGGUAUCUCAUUGAACUCGGUGUUGAUGAAAGGACCUGACCUUCUGAGCUCCUUGCCUCGAAUUCUCUUUGGAUUUCGUGAACGAGCGGUGGCCAUAUGUGCCGACAUCAAGGAGAUGUUCCAUCAAGUAAGGAUACGACAAGAGGAUCGCGACUGCCAGAGGUUGUUGUGGCGGGAGAAUGCGCGGGAUCAGCCGAAAGUUUAUAUAAUGGAUGUUGCCACAUUUGGAUCCACGUGCUCGCCCUGCUCGGCCCAAUAUGUUAUGAGCCUCAACGCAAGUGAACAUGAACGAGAAUUUCCUGGUGCGGCAGAGGCGAUCAGGACACGCCACUACAUGGACGAUUGGUUGGACAGCGCUGAUACGGUGGAACUGGCAGUUAAACUGGCGCUGGAGGUAAAAAUAGUGCACUCAAAGGGAGGGUUCCAACUACACAAUUGGCUGUCAAAUUCCCCGGAGUUUCUCAAACGGGUCGGGGCGUCCGACGGGAAGGAAGAAAAAAUGCUGAGUCUAGACUGCAAUUCUAUGGAACGUGUCUUGGGGAUGUACUGGAAACCCAAACCGGAUGUCUUCACUUACCGUACCUCGAUGCAAUUAGAGCCAUUACGACCAACGAAACGGGAAGUGCUACGAGCUGUUAUGUCAUUGUUUGAUCCUUUAGGAUUGUUAUCAUUCUUCGUAGUGCAUGGAAAAAUUAUAAUCCAAGAUAUUUGGCGGGCAAAAACUGAUUGGGACGAAAAAAUUCCUAAGGAAAUCAACGAAAAAUGGCAGUUGUGGGCCAAUUACUUUGCGAGACUGGGCGAUGUACGCAUUAACAGGAGCUAUUUUCCGAAUUGCACUACAGAUCAGUUGGAGGAAGUUCAGCUGCAUAUUUUUUGCGAUGCUAGCGAUAGCGCUUACGCAUGCGUCGCCUACAUACGCGUCAAAAUCGGAGGAAGAAUUCGAUGCUCACUCGUCGCAGGUAAAGCUAAAGUGGCUCCUUUGAAAGUUUUAUCCAUCCCACGUUUAGAGUUGCAAGCAGCUGUUAUUGGAGCGCGUAUGCAAAACUCGAUUAUAGAAUCACAUCGAUUGAUCAUCAGCAAAACUACUUUCUGGAGUGACUCAAAAACGGUGCUCGCAUGGCUCAACUCAGAUCAGCGCAGGUACACAAAAUUUGUAGGUGUCCGGGUCGGCGAAAUACUUACUACAACACGUGCGGAGGAUUGGAGAUGGGUACCGUCCAAGCUGAACGUAGCCGAUGACGCAACGAAGUGGGGUAAACAUCCAAAUUUCUCCCCUGAAAGUCGCUGGUUCAGAGGACCGGAAUUUCUCUUGGAAAACGAAGAUGCGUGGCCGGCGGAUACUGUGUCGGAAGUGGAUACUUCUGAAGAAUUGCAGAAAUGUUUCGCACACAUGGAAGAAAAAGGAUCGCGAAUGGUUCAAUGGGAUUGUUUCUCUAAGUGGAUGCGGCUUUGGCGUGCAAUAGGACAAGUUUAUCGUUAUUACAAUCAUCUACGCGUCAAGAAAACGGGAGAGGUACCGAGUGGUCCGCUAACACAAGACGAGCUUAUCAAAGCGGAAAUGACUAUAUUUCGAUGGAUUCAGCAGGAGGAGUAUCCGAGGGAACUUAAAGAGCUUGAGGCAGCGCAUUUAGCGAAAACUGGAAGAGUCCAACUGUCAACUAGUAGCCAAUUGUUCAGAUUAUCACCGUGUCUGGAUGCCCAUGGAGUAAUUCGUUUGGAAAGUCGCAUUGUAGCUGCAUCGUACGCGUCUUUCGAUGUAAGGUAUCCCAUAAUACUUCCGUCCAACCAUGUUGGAACAAGACUUCUCGUCGAUUGGUACCACAGACGGUUUUUACACGGCAACGCAGAAACGGUUGUUAACGAGAUUAGACAAAGAUUUCAUAUUUCGAAUCUGAGGUCAGUAGUGAAAAAGGUGGCGAAAACAUGUUCUCACUGUCAGGUGAAAAAGGCGAGGCCGGUUAUUCCGAGGAUGGCACCAUUGCCCGAAGCGAGACUAAAAGCGUAUUCCAGACCUUUCUCUUUUACGGGGAUAGAUUACUGUGGACCAUUUUAUAUUAAAAUUGGACGGGCUCUCGUGAAGAGGUGGAUCGCACUAUUUACCUGUAUGACGAUACGGGCAGUACACCUAGAAGUCGUUCAUUCUCUUAAUACAGAAUCAUGCAAGAUGGCAAUAAGACGGUUUAUAGUACAGAAAGGAUCACCAAGAGAAAUUUAUAGCGAUAAUGGGACUAAUUUUUUGGGCGCUAGCAACGAGCUGUCACGAGAAAUAGACACCGGGAACUUGGCAGAAUGUUUCACAAACACGGACACCAGAUGGAUCUUCAAUCCUCCCUUAGCGCCACACAUGGGCGGAGUAUGGGAGAGAAUGGUGCGCUCUGUCAAAGCAGCACUCAGCGCCAUGCAGAUGACAAAGAAUCCUGACGAAGAAACGUUUAGGACGAUUGUCAGAGAAGCCGAAGGAAUAGUGAACUCGCGUCCUCUUACAUUUAUUCCGGUAGACCACGAACUCCAGGAAGCUCUGACGCCAAAUCACUUCUUGAUGUUAAGCUCAAAUGGUGUUACUCAGACGCCGAAAAGGUUAAUUGACGACAGAUCUUCGCAUCGUAAUAACUGGAACCUUCUUAACCACGCCGUGGACCAGUUUUGGAAACGAUGGAUCCGGGAAUACUUGCCAACGCUUACGAGAAGGACGAAGUGGUUCCAGGAUUCUAAGGAAAUUGCACCGGGGGAUCUUGUGAUUGUUGUAAAUGAAGCAGAACGUAAGGGAUGGAUCCGAGGAAAAGUAGUGAGCAUAACAACGGCAGCAGAUGGCAGGAAGAGAAGAGCAGUAGUACAAACUACUUCAGGAUUGAUUCGGCGAGCUGUGGCUAAACUUGCACGGUUGGAUAUAGAAGGUAAAACUGGUUUCGUAGAACCCCUUACCAGUGUUACGGGUCGGGGAAUGUUAGCCGAUCAAUAA